CCUCGGGAACACUGCCACAAUCGAGAGAGAGCCGAAGAAAGAGCGAGGGAGCAGAGAGGAAAGGAAAAAGCCAUGCCUGCAGUCGAGAGACUUGGCAGGACUUCCCCUCCUUUGUCUGUCUGGCUCAGAGAUGCAGCGCCAGAGGAAAUCAAGAAACGUCCAGGCAUGGUGGUGGUGAAGGUGGAGGUGGUGGUGGAUGGGGACAAGCUUUGCAUCGGCUUCAAAAAGACGGGAGAGAAAAAGUAUUUUCAACGGACUGGAGCGUCUUUGAGGUCAAUGGAAAUCAGAAACAAACAAGCCCUUUUCUCUAUUUAAACGAAAUUCCACAUUGGACCAAUUGGACGCGAUUAGGCUUUGGAGACAAAAUGUAGCGUGACUACAAUGUGCAAAAGGUCGACCUGUGAUUUUAAUGCAAAAAAAGUAGUUUACAAAGCAUUUGUAUUUCUUGGAGCGCUAAACAGCAUCUGUGAACUGGACAAGGCCGGAUACUGGACUUCAGAGACUCUCGUAGUAGCCAGAGGAAGGCCAUCUGUGCGCAGCACAAGAGAAAAACACGAUGUGAAUGGAAACAGGACUGUUCCACCUUUUCCAGAGGGAACAGAGAUGGCCAUGUUUGGUAUGGGCUGCUUCUGGGGUGCAGAGAGGAAGUUUUGGAGGCAAAAAGGAGUUUAUUCUACCCAAGUGGGCUAUUCUGGGGGUUACACAUCUAACCCCACCUACAAGGAAGUUUGCACAGGGAUGCGUCAGGGGAACGAUAUUGGGACGACAUACCGCUCCGCCAUCUACACCUACACAAAGCAGCAGCUUGAGGAAGCUCUGGCCUCCAAAGAGCAAUACCAGAAGGUACUAACACAGGCAGGUCACGAUUCCAUCACCACAGAAAUUGCUGAGGCCAAGCAGUUCUACUAUGCUGAGGAGUACCAUCAACAGUACCUGAGCAAAAACCCCGAUGGAUACUGUGGCCUGGGAGGCACAGGUGUCGCGUGUCCGAUAGAAAUCAAGUCGAAGGCCUAGACAGCCAAAAACAGCCAGGUUUUGUGUUUCAGAUGGUUAAAUUCCUACCAUUUGACAUAUUUUAUGGCACUUUUUACAUCGGAUUAUAGUCCACAUUUAUCUGAUGCUCAAAAAAUUUGGAGCUUCAGCUCUUUUUUUUUUUUUUAAGGAUCAGUACCUGCCAGAUGUCACCCUCUGACACAUAAACUUUGAAAGCCAGUAAAGACUCUUCACAGUCUUUUAAAAAAAUCUUUUAAAAAAGGUGUAGUCCAAAAAAAGUUCUGCGACACAUAAUCGAUGAUGAAAUUCUGAGUAAUUUCAUGCAUCCUGAAAAAGUGGUGUUUAAAAUGAAAUCUUGUUAGAAAGCAGUGAAAUCCUGCACAGAAUUAAGUAAAGAAUUUUUAGUGUGUGGAGUGCUUUUUCACUGUAUUAGUUUGUUUAAUCAGCUCUUAUAAUUUGCAACUGCUUUGGGAAAAUUAUACGUUUGUUGCUUAAGUUCCUUUAAAAACAUAUUUGAGAGUGGGCUGCAGUCGAAAGACUAAAAUGAAUAAAACA